AUGAUUCUCACUUCCCCCGUUCCCUCAAUACCAGGCGGAUCUCUUCCAGCAGGUCUCGCAGGCCCCGAUACCGCAGGAUUCGGCUCCAAUCCAAUCGGCCUGCCUUCCCACGGUGGUGAGGCUGUCUGCGUUUCUGGAGUCAUCCCCGUCGAAGCCAGCGCCAUGAACUUGAAAUUCAACUUCGGAAUCCCUGCGAAUUAG